CAAUUUGACAGUACAUAGAGAAAAUACUUGAAAAAAAUACACAGACGAUCUCGAUCAGGCGAAAUUUAGAUUUAUGCAUUUGUUGAUUACUGGAAUCAUAUAAAAGUGGUUUUAAAUGAAAUUCAAAUUCAAAGGUUAUUAUUAGUUAGUAAUAUUUGAUGAAGCCUAUAAACCAGCCUGGGUCAUAAGAUGAGUUACCUCACUGUUGAUCGUCAGGGUUCCUCCACGAACAAAACGGAGGAACCCGAUGAAGCCAAUGAUGAUUUGGAGGUGGACAACUCGAAGAGUGUGUUGCUCAAGAUAGCCACUCUGUAUGCCGAGCAGCUGAUGAGCGACCUGACUCUGCAAGUGGCAGGGGUCGGCUACCCUGCCCACAGACUGAUACUGUGUGCCAGUAGUGAAGUUUUCCAGGUUAUGUUGAUGAAUAGAGAAUGGAGUGAGUGGCGCGAGAGUAGAAUAGUUCUGCAAGAGGAUCCUGCCGCUGCCGCUGUCUUCCCACACUUCCUAAAGUAUUUUUACACUGGCCAAAUAAAGAUAUCUUACCAUACUGUACUGCCCGUACUUUCGCUAGCUGACAAAUAUAAUGUUAAGGAUCUAGUCACGUUGUGCCUCAGUUUCAUGUCCACACACGUAGCUCAAGCUGCCAAGCGAGGUCAGCUCAUAGCGUGGAUGCAGUAUACUCAGGCGUGCUCACAUGACGAUGUUGCCAAGGCCUGCCAAAACUUCGUGAAAUGGAACUUCGAGUGGGUGUGGUCUGACGGGGAGCUGGAGCAGCUGGAGGGAGAGACUCUGGUGCAGCUGCUGCAGCAGAGCGACCUGGUGCUGCACAACGAGAUGAGCUUGUACCCGUUCGUAGUGCGAUGGCUGGACAAGCAGCGCGAACGAAUGAGCGAGAGCGAAUUGAGCGAAGCGGAGAAGAAAACUCACUGGGACUCUCUUGUAGCCGCAGUCUUCUCACACAUCAGGUUCCCAAUGAUGUGUCCGAAGCAACUAGCGAAGCUGUUGCUGUGCCCCCUGACUCAGGAGCACAAGGAGUUCUUCAUGGAGAGAAUGGCCAUAGCCAUGAGCUACCAGUCUGGUCAAUACGAGCGCGUAUCAGAGAUCCAACACUCUGAAGGCGGCCGUAUGCUGUUCACCCCUCGUCUCUACACCGAGGACACGUGGGGCUCUGUCCUGGCCGUAGACAACUUCCACUCCCUGCCUUGUUACCACACGAGGACCUUCAUGUUCUCCACAAGGAGAUGUGUGGCGGACCAGGACAGCCAUGAUAAACUGAACGAAUGGUCCCUGGACUUGUAUCCAAAAGGUGUCUGGUUCAGGAAGAGUCUUCUUAUCGUCUGGGCUGGGACUUACGAUGUGCCCGAGGUGGUGCUGCGCACUGUGCGCAUCUCCGUCACGUGCCAGAACGUGGCCGAGCCCGCGCACGGCGAUUACGACGCAGAACCGGAGCCCGACGUUAGGGUCAAGAUCGGCAUACUGGUGUGGGGUGUGCAAAAGGGCGUCGAACACGUCUCAAAUGUGGUGGAAAGGGUGCAUCGGUUUUCAUCGCAAAACAGGGUGUUGAACAUAGACGGGGCUUUAGACUUUGACGAGCUCAACACCCCGCUGUACUCGCCCGCGGACGCGGACAAGCCCGCCGCCCGCUGCCUCAAGUGCACGGAGCCCUGCGACGUGCCCGAGCCGCGGCAUUUGAUGGGACCUAACAAAGAUCAGCUGAGGAUACAAGUGGUUAUAGUACCACUAACAGAGUACUGCCACGUGGGUUCCCCGGACUCUCAGCUGGCAUGACGCACAGUGAACCACCUCGCUUCCACUGAGCGGUAACCCCCGCAACACUGUAGAUACCCGGGUUCACUUGUACAGUCAACACCACAUCAAGCUACCAGAAUUCCAACUCGAACCUAUUAAUGAUUAUAAAAUAUUUGCAAUCUUUUUUCUACAGUCAUAAAUGCAUCGACAUUCAAAUUUACGAAAAUUCAGGUUGGCUUGACGAGCGGUCGACUGUACAGCGUACAGUUAUUGCACUUUCCGCCUUUUAUUUAUAAGGGGAUUUUGUUAACCAUUUCCGUGAUCAAUUUUUAAGGGUCAGGCACCAUUGCUCCGUUGCGUUGGCAACGCGCUGCGUCGACGCAACGGAGUAUGAAGGAGAAUUGGGGCCGCGUCCUAAGAGAUGAUUUGUUUCACUCGAUUCUCGUGUCGCAUCACUGAGUGCUUGGUUCGAGUUUGCGCAGUCGGGCAAACAAGUAAAAAACUUACGUCACAACGAUAUUCCACACUUUGUGCACCUGGGCGAGAAAAACUAAAAUUUCGAGUGUCCUCGUUUCACCUCAAAAAGGUAAUAUGGUAAGUGAAUUGGUCUAGAUUGGCGUCAAUACAGGUUAAAUUAGCCGCUUUUUAAGUAUUCCUAAGUGACUAUUCACCUACAUUUUGCACCUACAAAUUACAAUGUGAUAGGCUGGCUGCAAAGCUAAGCCAUUGAGUUUAAAUAAGAGAGUUUCCAUCACUUGGAAUUCUUUCGAUCAAAAGCCCAUGACCGCACUGUCGCGGGAAUUUGUUGCUGUCUCUUUCGCUCGAUAUGACAUUUAUUUUGAAGUGCGAAAGAGGACGGAACAAUUAAGCGCGCCGUGCAAAAGUUUUUUCGAUUGUAUUUUCAGCAGUGCCUGAUUUUUUCAUUGAUUGUUAAUGAAUGACUUUGUUGACUCCUUUAAUAAAAAUAAGGUGUUCAAUUAUAUUAUCGACUGACGUAUUACAAAUAUGGCAAUAUGUUUAUUCAGGAAUAUCCUAUUGUAUUAAUUGUUUGUGUGAAGUGUUUGAUUGACAUAACUAUACGUCUUGGGCAACUGACUGUUAGUGCAGUAAGUGACUUUAUAAAUAAAUAAAUAAUUGUACCAUCAGACUGAUUGAAACUACUUCUGUACAGCUACUGUAAGACUCUCGUCAAUUUUGACAUUUUUCGUUUUGACAGGUCAUCAGCCAAUUAGAAUUUAGAUAAUUUUGUUGUGAUUCACUGGGACCUCAAGUGGCCGUGUUUUAUAUUUAUAUAGUGGUCUUUUUGCGUAUAGUCCUGUUGUAAUACGCUAGUGUACCUUUGAUUGGCUAGAAUUGGAGAUGGGUGGUUUACACUUGGUCUAUACACGUUUUUGCCCAGGCAUAAACCACCUCUGGCUAGAAUAAGUCUAGAAUUAAAUUAAUAAGCAAUCUGUUCUUAUUUUAUGUCAAAUGGAUUUGCAUUUUGUAGCAGCAAAGAGAGUAAAAUUAUUAUGAUUUAAAAAAAUUAAAACCAAAUUUUUAAUUAGUAUUCGCCAAGUGAAAAAUCUUUGGUGAAAAGUUUUGUCUUCGUAUUUAUAUUUUUUAUUUAUGUUAUCUUUUCAGGAUUAAGAAUCUGAUUAGAUUCUAGAAACUGAUUAGUUUCUCUGCUACAGAGUGCUUUUCUGUGAAAUAAAAGCUAGUGCGAACUUAUUUGGAGCGAUUCAUGUCACGCGCUUCCAUUCGGCGUGGAGACUCAAUAUCUAAGUGAUAUAUCGUAUGAUCGAACACUGAUGUAGACAAUAUCACUAGGGUGAGGCGACUCUCCGACUCGUGUCUUAUUUUUGUAUGGCCAAUUUCGCCUAGUAUACUAGUUUCGGUCGAUUUUUUAAUCAUAUAGCUUGUCUUGUUUUUUGUAUGAAUCACAUUGUAAUUAAUAUUUUUACGGUAAAGACGUCAAGGUCUUGUUUGCAAUAUUAUGAAUUAUAAGUGUUUUGCAAAUUCAGAUUAGGUGUGAAAUUUGAAAAUAAAUAUAAUUCUUCAUAAUUACAGGCUCCCGUUAAUUCUUCCAAAACUUGCGCGAAAAUGGUCUUGUUGUGUUUGUAUUAAUGAUCGAGUUUGUAAACUAUGUGCAAUAUUAUUAUCUCGUAUGCUCUCCUGUUCAAAUAAAAUUGAAAUUAUUGUCACCGUUA